AUGGGUUCAAGUUCCGGAAUAGGACUCUAACCCACAACCAAUUAUAUUGGUUUAAACUUGGAUAGUUUAUAACACUUAUUUUGGUAAGUGAAUUUAUAUGAAAAAAUUUUCUCUAUUUAAAUGUAGAUAAAAAUUUUUUAAUUAUGGGUUUGGUAAAAUCUAAAAUAAAUAAUUUAUUUUAAACCCAUAAUUUUAGAAAUAAUAGAAUUAUAUAUAAAAUACCAAAAAUAACAAAAAGAAAUAUUACGAAAGUAAUAACUCGGCUUUUUAGCUAAGUUUCAUUCCAAGUUUAAACCAAUGUAAUUGGUUGUGGGUUAGAGUCCUAUUCCGGAACUUGAACCCAUUUUAAUUUAAUCAAACGAAAUAUAUUAAUUAUGGAAUGAUAAUUGUAAAUGA